AAAAUAAUCAUACCAUUUUUAGAAAACAAAGAACUUGUGAGGGCUCGACUUCUUUUCAGUUUUUAUUAAUUAAAAUAUUAAUAUUAACAAAAUGAGGCUUUUUGACAAAAUUCGCACAUUACUUGUGUGCUUUUUAUUAAUCGAAAUAACAAAUGCCUAUAAACCUGUGGUUCUGCUGCAUGGCAUAAUGUCUGGAUCCGAUAGUAUGACGAUUCUUGAAAAAGAAAUUCAAUUUAAUCAUCCCGGCACCAAGGUCUACAAUUGUGAUAAGUUUAGUGGAUGGUCAAGUUUGGAGGCUGCAUGGAAACAAGUUCAACAAAUACGCGAUUAUGUGAAGGAAAUCAAUGAUAUGCAUCCGGAAGGAGUUCAUUUUCUAGGUUAUUCUCAAGGUGGACUCAUAGCUCGGGCAGUCAUUCAAUCUUUCCCAGAACACAAUAUUCAAAAUUUCAUAUCAUUGUCAUCACCACAAGCUGGACAGUAUGGAACCAAAUUUCUUCACUUAAUUUUUCCCAACUUGACAGCUCGAACGGCUUAUGAGUUGUUUUAUUCAAGAGUUGGACAGCAUACAUCAGUGGGAAAUUAUUGGAAUGAUCCAAAUGAAUUUGAUCUGUAUAUUAAGUACAGUGUUUUCCUGCCUUUGAUUAACAAUGAGAUACACAAUUCAAAUUCUACACAAUUUAAGAGUUCUCUAACAAAGUUGAAGAAAAUGAUACUGAUUGGUGGUCCAAAUGAUGGUGUUAUAACUCCAUGGCAGUCAAGCCACUUUGGAUACUUUAACCAGAGUCUUGAUGUUAUUCCGUUUGAACAACGCGAUAUUUACUUAAAAGAUGAAAUUGGCCUAAAGACACUAAAAGACGAUGAUAGACUGGUUAUUGUUACACGACCUCAUGUGCAUCAUUUACUUUGGCAUAUAUCACCUAGAGUGAUUCGUGAAGUCAUUCUUCCUUAUUUAGAUUAAUUUUAUUUUAAAAUUCGAUGGGCCAGUGGUUUGAAUUUAAUAUAAGAAAAAGGUGUUUGCUCUCUUUUUUUAAACAAUUGCUUGUUUAUUUUUCUCCAAGACUAAAAUGUGAAUAAUGUGAUAAAUUUCCGAGAUUUCCAAUAAAACAAUUUAUGUUCCUCGA